AUGUAUAAGACAUACAGAGUACCAGGAAGAAAUCUCACGUUUGAAACGGGCGAAUGCACUUUUACGAAGACUGCUGGAUUUGGUUUUCAAACCGGAGACCUCCAGCAGCUGACUGUAACUGAAGAGAGGGUUAACCAUGAGCAGGAACGGAGCCCCCGUCUGGGCCCUGGGCCGGCGGAGUCUGAAGAGAGGGUUAACCCUGAGCAGCAGGAAUGGAGCCCCCGUCUGGGCCCUGGGCCGGCGGAGUCUGAUGCCGAAGAGUUUAUAUGGGACUCUUUCAACAUCACGUCUGAAUCUGAUGGCGAGAACCAAACAGAAUCUGAUGGAGAGGGCUACAUUGAGUCUGAAUCAACCAGUGACUAUCAGCCCCCCUCUGAAGUCAAUCCGGGGAGUGACGACGAUGAAAUUGAUAAAGGAAAAGCAGAUGGAGUGGGGAAUAGAAUAAGGCCUCUCGAAUCAAAGAGAGGAAGAGGACGGCCAAGGAAACAUGCCAGUGAGUUGCCUGAGCUGAUAUGUGAAGUCUGCGGAAAAUGCUUGGCGACAGCACAUGGUUUGAGAAGGCAUCGGCAACUCCGGCACAGUGAAGAGAGGCCGUACACGUGCGACACAUGUGGACAAUCUUUCGCCAUGAACUUCUACCUGAGGAAGCACAUGAAGAUUCACAUGGGGGAGAGGCAGCAGUGCUGCACCGACUGUGGCAAACGUUUCUUUCACAAAGAAAGCCUAAAGAUGCAUAUGCUUCAUAUUCAUACAGGGCUGGUUUUUACAUGUGAUGUUUGUGGGAAAAGUUUGUCGUCAAAAGCAAGUCUGAAACUGCAUAUGAGGACUCACACUGGGGAGAAACCAUUUCAGUGCAAAGAAUGUGACAGAUGCUUCAGCAUUAAGGAUAGCCUGACAAAGCAUAUGAGGACUCACACAAAGGAGAAACCACAUCGCUGCAACGAAUGUGACAGAUGCUUCAGUGUGAAAGGAAACCUGACAGUGCAUAUGAGGACUCACACUGGGGAGGGAGUUCAAUGUCAUUUGUGUGGAACUCACUUGAAGUUAGCAUCAAGUCUGAAAAGACAUCUGCGAACUCACAGAAGGAAUAUUCACAGUUGCUGAGAACAUGUAAGAAUGCCUUUUUAUGCAGGGGUUAAAUUGGGCCGGGUACCGCCUGGUCCGAGACCCGGCACCUACGAUCCAAAUGAGAGCCAGGCGGAGCUGAGCCCCGAUACCUUUUGGUUAUGUAAAUUCUGCCUACAAUAUCCACACACAAAGAAGUGUCAUCCACAUUGAAUCUUCCUCAGCCAACAACACAAUUAUUAAGUAACCAACAGGAAAAAUUAGAAAGCCCCAUAGUAGAAUAGUUCACCUAUUCAGUUGGUCAGCUUGUCACAUUCUAUGCUGUCUUUGCUUACACCACAUCAAAGUAAUAAAAUGAAUUGACUAUC